UUCGCUUCUUUUGUUGUCAUGCUUCUUGUUGAUAAAGUGAGACCGUUAUUCGGAGGCUAGUUAGCAAACUAUGCUAAUCCUGGUAACCAAUGUUGCUUAAUCCCUCGCCCCCUUCUCCUCUUAACGUCUGAUAUCAGCGACAGAUAAAGGUGUGAUCAUCUCCAUCACUGCUAAUCACCAUGAUUGACGUGAGAGCAUGGGCAGAGUACGUGGUGGGGUGGGCUGCCAAAGACCCCUACGGCUUCCUGACCACGGUCAUCCUGGCCCUCACACCCCUUCUCAUUGCCAGUGCCCUCUUGUCGUGGAAACUGGCCAAGAUGAUUGAGGCACGGGAGAAGGAGCAGAAGAAGAAACUGAGGCGUCAGGAGAACCUAGCCAAGGUGAAGAGGAACUAGGACUUGCUUGCGUAGGCAUGCAACGGGAAAGGUGGGGGCGACCAUCAUGCGACCGAUCGGUGCCCACCCUUGGCUUACCACCAGCGCAGACCCUCUAACUCUGUGUAAGGAGGAGGGACACCGGACCACCGUCCCCCACAGGCUGAACGGGACGGACAUUCCCGUUUUGAGGAUGCGUGUCCAUGUUGGACUUUCCUUGGCGAGACAUUUUUCUACAUUUUGUGUAGCUGUUGCUGCACAUUGCAUUCCAUUGUUAACAUCUCUGCUCCAUCACUUCUUAUCUUCAUAACGAUUUCCUUUUUUAACAAUAAAGCAUUUGUGGAUGAUUUAAAAA